AUGGCUUCUGCCGGGUUGGCUGGGGUGAGCGGUGCGGCUUGCCCUCUCAUGAGGCUCGUCACUAUGAGCAGCGUGCCGAUCCUGCAGCAGCUGCACCUGGAGGAGCGGCUCCUGCGCUGCACGCCAGACAACUGGUGCAUCAUCAAUGACAGCACGGCCCCUGCUACCAUUGUCAUGGGUGUGUCUGGGAGAGUUUCAGAGCUUGUCGAGAUACAGCCUGUCCUUCGGGACCAGGUGCCAGUCGUGAGGAGGUUCAGUGGAGGUGGCACCGUCAUUGUUGAUCAGGGAACGGUGUUUGUGACUUUCAUUUGCAACAAGAAUGCCGUUACUGGGCUGCAGCCCUUUCCACGGGACAUCAUGUCAUGGAGUGGUCAGCUAUAUGGCAAAGUUUUUGACAGAUUUGGCGAAUUUCAUCUACGUGAGAAUGACUAUGCAUUUAGUCAUCGAAAAUUUGGCGGAAAUGCUCAGUCAAUAACAAAAAAUCGUUGGGUUCAUCACACAUCGUUCUUGUGGGAUUAUGAUGUGAAAAAUAUGGAUUAUCUCAAAAUCCCAAAGCGUGCACCUGAAUAUCGACUGGCAAGAAACCACACAGAUUUCUUGUGCCGCAUGAAGGAGUAUAUACCUUCGCGGUCAGUUUUCACCGAUGGGGUCAUUGCGGCCCUGGGAGAACACUUCUCAGUUCAGCCCAUGGAUCUACAAGCAAUUCUUUCCAGUCAUGAAGAAUUCGUGCCUUCUACAAAGCUGGUGUCACAACAAGACCUAGAGGAAAUUGUUUCCUCCAAAGAAUCCUUCAGAGUGUAG